AAACAAGUGGAGGCUGUUGCACGCCCAGCUGAAAAAGCACAGUUUCUGCGUUAACGAAUUAAACAUUCCCGACUCGGAUUUCUUUUACUUUUCUACGUGGAUGACGCCUUUUCCGUGUGACCGCUGUGAUGUCGUGUUUCCAUCGAAUUCAAAUAGAAAGUGGAAAACCCAAUGACGCCCAGAAACCUGAAAUCAGUUAGAAGAUACAAACUACUGUGCAUCUGUUCAUUGUGUUGCAAGCAAAUUCUUUCGACAUGGAUGGGGAAGGAGCGACCGUUGUUGAACAAAUUCAUGCCCAGCCAAAAAACCCAGGACGGGAAUAUGAAACAGAAGAAGAUGUUGCCAAAGAAAUCCGAAGUUGGAUUCAGUUGGAUAAUGAAGGCAUCGAUCUGAAGCUUUUCCCCAACGCUGUGAGUCGUAUCGAAUCAGAAUUGGGACGUCCACUUUCUUCUCUCGAAACGACGUGUCUCGAGGGGCAAUAUGUAAAAAUCGUGUUGCAGAUGUGGUACAGCGAGGCGUUUAGAAGAAUGUUUGACGACCUGGAGAACGCAGAGAGUGAUAUUUCCUUAGAAAUAUCUCUUCUCCUAUAUGAGUUGAAUUCUGUUAAUUCAUUUCAAGAAAUUGCUGCCGAAUUACCGUUACCUGGAUCGCGACUUCGAAAUUGGUGUGAUCGAAGGUGUAGGUAUCUUCAAUUGAUCGUCAAACAGGAAGAGCUGUUUAAAGACACUCCUCGUUUUACUAUCCUCGUUCCCUGCUAUUUUAACCACUUCAAAAUCUUUUGCAUCAACGAGCUUUUCUCUCGGUGCUGGAACUACGUCGUCAAAGACAAAACAUAUGGCAAGAAAUACAGGAAUUUCAUUGCCGCAUUCGACAACAUCCUAGCGAAAAUCAUUGAGUUUAAGGAUAUUAUGGAGAAGAUUGAUUACGACAAUAUGUUUGCUAUGGACAGCAUAACUAAUUGGCUGGAAUGCAUCAGCAAGAUUUGUGAAGACUUCCCGACCGUCUUCACCGAUGAGAAUGAGAUCCAACGCAUUAAACAAGCAACCGCUUCAAUAGCUGAUGGUGAUUGGACCCCGAAAUUCAUUUCACUGGUGAAAGAGGUUUUCAAGAAAUACCUACUGCCUAAAACAAAAGUCCAAGUCAAGAAGGAAGACGGAAGAGAAAUCAUUUCUAUCCAUGGAAAUGUAGUAUUUCUCAGCAAAAUUAUGGCGGAAAUGAUUGAAUUGAAAACCACAGACGUACAAGAAAUUGAAAUUGUUGGAUUGGUGUCUGUUCACGUUGAUUGCGAUUUGGAAAAUGAAAUCUGGCACGGUAUCAACGUAGGUGUUGUCACUGAUAAGAUCAUCGUUGACUGUGACGUUUCUUGGAACGUGUCUGGUCAAAACAUGACCCAUCAAGAAGCAGAGGAACAACGGCAACCAGGUGAGAGUGGUGGCAAUGUACACAUUGUUUGCAACGAGAUAAUCAACGCAAAUCAAUUUACGAUUAUAUCUAACGGAGGCGACGGAAGUGCGGCUCACAAAUGGACAAGAGAAGAAUUUAAAAAAGCCUUUCCGUCCAUGUCAUUAUUUAAUGGCACUGGCGACCGAAACAAGAAUAUGAUUACGAAUAAAUUACGAAAUCUUCUGCCGGGGGAGAGUAUAGCGCAAGAGCUCAACCGCACUAACUUCAUAAUCAACGAAAGUGUGGAAGAUGCCCAGCUACUCAUGGUAUCUUUUUAUGAAACGGAAAAAGGAUGUGUACAAAAGGAGGAAAGGCAUACGCUUAUCUUUAUCCAAGGGCGAAAAGUCGGACAAGGCGGAUAUGGUGGUACUGUGACCUUGGAGGUGUUAAACAGAUCCCCUUCUGUCCAGCCUAAUCUUCCAUUUAUCGGCUUUCAGAAGCGUCUACCGUAUGCUACUCGAAUAUCUGAUGUCUAUCAGGCGUCCGGUUCUGAUGGUCAAACUGGUAAACCUGCCGGUGACGUUGGUUUCAUUCACAACGUUAACAGCGACAACUGCGACACAAAUGUGGAAGGAAAUUAUUUUGGCUUUGAAACCGAUGCCAGACUGGAGUUGAACUUUAAGGAUAAAUCAUCAAACGGUGAAAAUUCGUGUGCCAAACAAGUUCAACCUGGAGGUGGGACUUUAAGGAGGUAUACGUCGAUAGAGAUUAAAGAGGGUCUGUAUGAAACUAUAAGGCUGGUCGAAGCUGUUAAGAAGAAGGUUAUCCUACACCAAAAUCUCUACCAGCAUCUUUCGCAAAUAAGCCAACGCAAAGAAAUGUUCCAAACACUCCAAGCGAUGUUUUCCAGCCCAUUACAAUCGCAGCCAGUUACCAAGGACGAGGUUUUGGCGAAACAAGUUCAAAGCAUAGAAAUUCAACUCGGACAGCUGACUUUUAGAAAUCAACAGCUUCAAUUGGACAAUAAACGAGCGAAAAUGGUGAAGCCAGCCUGCCAACUGCAAUUGAAAGCCAACGAUGAUGAUUCUACUUCGUUACUGGUUCACAACCAGCAAGUUGUAACUGGACGUGGAGACGUGGCAUCCGCAUUGAACAUUGUAAUUGAGCCAAACCAAACGCCUGAGGAAAGAAACGUCGAUUGUAUCAUCAAUGGUAUGAUACGAGAUCUUCAAAUAUUGAACGGAAAUUUAAAUCAUGAAUUUUUGGACAGCGUAAAAAAAAGCGUUUCCAAUUCCAAAACAAUGGAUCUUGAUGCAGCCAUACUGUCUGCUCGAGAUUUUUUAAUGCAAGGACGACGCCCUGCAGCGACAUUAGCGAGAUUCGAUACACGAAUGCGAGAAUGUUUCGCCGUGAAAGAGAAACUAGGAUUUUCUUUGCGUGAUGCCCAAAGAGUAGCAAUCGUGACACUAUUACGAAGACAACCGGAUUCUUGUAACACUUUGGUUCAAUUAUCGACCGGUGAGGGCAAGUCACUAAUAGUCGCAGGAGUCGCCAUCGCUUUUGCACUUUCUGAGAAGAAAAAAUCGAAACCGUUCGGUAAAAUCGACGUCAUUACCAGCAACAACGUGCUAGCCCUACGAGAUUCAACCCUGUUGUCCGACAAAGGAGGGCUCAGAAAUAUCUACCAAUUCUUCAACGUCAGCGUAGCCAACAAUAGCAGCUAUUCAGUAGAGGAACGCACAAAUGCCUAUGACAAAGCUGUGGUGUACGGAGAAUUGGCCAAUUUCCAACGUGAUUAUUUGUUGGACAAAUUCUAUGGCUACGGUAUCCGUGGCGACCGAGUAUUCUCGUAUAUCAUUAUUGACGAAGUGGAUUGCAUGUUGUUGGACCGUGGCAACAACACUCUCUACUUAUCGCACGACAUUCCCGGCAUGGACACUUUAGAAUCGUUAUACGUAUUCAUUUGGGGAAAAUCACUUCACGCGCCAUUAGAAGAUUUUGAAAAUGAAAAAGAUUCGUUGUGGAAUCAUCUGAUCAAAAAAGAAGUAAUUGACUCAAACGGACGUCUACUAAUUGCCGAUGCCAACCAAAUUACAGAAGAGAAGAUAAACUAUAGCCCGAUGAAUGACCAAUUCAGAGAGACCAAUCUCAAUGCAAAAUUGGUUUUCUAUUUUCGCAAAGUGGCCAAUCGGCAGCGUCGCAUUCGGAUACCUGCUUAUCUUCUCGGCUUUGUGGAUCGAAAUCUCGGCACGUGGAUUGACAACGCCUUUCAGGCACUUGAAUUGAGGCGCGAUGAAAACUACGUCAUCGACCAAGAUCGAACAGACAUCAGUCCGGAUCUCAACCCGCAAGUUAUUAUUAUCGAUCCCGACACUGGAACGGAUCAAAGUUUAUCGCAAUGGGACGGAGCCUUGCACCAGUUUCUUCAGUUGAAAGAAGGAUGUAAGUUGACGCUUCAAAGUCUCAAAGCUGUUUUCAUCUCGAAUGCCACUUACAUCAAAAAGUACCGUAAGAGAAUGAUGGGCGUGUCAGGGACGCUGGGGUCCGAACAAGAGCAGCAAUUUUUAGUUUCAGAGUACCAGUGCCGCUUGUUUAGGGUACCAACGGCGUUCCCUAAAGUGUUUGCCCUUAGAACGACUAAAGUAUUCUUGUCGGUAAGACCGUGGCUAGAGGAAAUAAUUCAAGAAACGCUGAACGUUGUAAAUGUACCAGAAGAAAAUCAACCAAAGCGAAAACUAAAUGAUGUGGACAUAAAACCUCGAUCCAUCCUCAUUUUUUGUAGAACCAUCAGAGAAGUGAACAAAGUUUAUGAAAAACUAAAAUUGCGGUUACCUAAUGGCAGGAUCCAUCGUUUUACACGAGACUAUGAGAAAUUUGCAUUUGAAAGUGACGAACUGGACAUCGGGCAUGUUAUUCUCGCCACUAACUUGGUUGGAAGAGGAACAGAUAUCAAGAUUAGCAACAGCUUGAGAGCGAAUGGAGGUCUGCACGUCUGUUUGACGUAUUUACCUGAAAACGAAAGGAUCAGUGAACAAGCGAUGGGCCGAGCGGCAAGGAAAGGAGAUCCAGGAAGUGGAAUCCUCAUUUUGUGUGACGAUCGGAGUGGGGACAUGUCGGACGAGGAUGAAGAAUUAGAAGAAAACGAAGAAUUGGAUGCUGAAAAAAUAUUGACCAAAAUGAAAGCGAGACGAAACGAACAAGAAAAUCAGCGGAUUAUCACGAUUGAAAGAGGAUUUUGA